AUGGCAACUGCUAUCCGUACAGCAAGUAGCAGCAGUACGCUGAAGCAACUGUUAUCCGAACUAAAAGCCAUUCGUUCCGGCGAGGGUUCCAGUGCAUACUCACUGGCCACCAAGUACAUUACGGAUCAGUAUCGGCGUUUCGAAACGACGGAACAACAACACUGUCGCGCGAAGGAGGAACUGCAGUUUACGGCGCAAACGUAUCGAUGCUAUCUGGAAAGCUUACGGAAGCUGAAGGAUUUAAACGAGAGCUAUCGCGGUAAGGGUGAACGAAGUAUCCGCGAUACAGCGGAUAUGGUGGGCUUUAAGUUACCGCAUGAUUCCAAGUAGAGGUGUAUUUUCAUCAUAAAAAAGCGAAGUAAAAGUAAAACUUAAACAUAACAUAACUUAA